AUGCAAGAUGUCAAAUUCACCACAACAGACGGAAAGAUGGAACGUUUUUGGCUAUGCCUAUUUCUGAUUACUGGAGCGCAAGGUCUGUCCAUGUAUAAAGAUCAUGGAUUAGGAGAAAAUCCAGGAGAUGCAGGUAAAUCAGAUCGAAAUCAGGAAGAUUGCUGGUCAAAUGCAACUAAAAUGGUUGAAAAUUGUGCAAAAGAAAAGAUUUCCUUUGAAUUUCCAUACACCAUUACAUUAAGUGGGAACUUCGUCUUUGCAAAAAACUUUUUCUCACAAGCAUGUUUGAUUUUCAGAACAAUAAGGGAUUGCCAUGAAAGCAUUGAUUUGGAGGAAUGUGAAUUGGAUUUACCACCUAUUAUUGCCAACUCAAGCGCUCUGGCCACUAAAUUUUGUCGCAAUGAAAAAGACUUGGGAAGUCUUUUAGGGUGCAUGAAUAACCAUUCUUUCCAGCGGAGUAUGUUACGCGAACCAAACUCUGCAAACCGUCAACAGCAGCUUCCUUGUCGGACGAUUGAGAACAAGAUUGUUCAGCUCUUACAAACGACCGAGAGCAUUUGUGGACAAAAAGACUACCGGACUCUCGCCAACGUGAUGUUGGACUUUGACGGGGAUCUUUCCUUUGUUAUAGAGCCGUUCAGUGCACACUGCGCGAUCUCUGUUAACCAGGUGAUGCCAGGUCUUGGUGUUUCUGUGCAAGUUUCACAGGCUCAACUAUUUUUAUGGAAGUGAAAGUCAUCAUCAAAA